AGGUGGGUGAUCUGCUGGGCACAGGUGGGCGGAGCUAGUGGGCGCACUGCAGGGCACAGGUGGGUGGAACUUGCGGGUGGCACUGCUGGGCACCGAUCAUCAGGGCACUGAUCAUCAGUGCCCUGAUGAUCGGUGCCGAUCCCCGCUCUGACAACUGCCGGUUCUCGGCAGUACUUUCCUCACGAUCUGACAGCUGCCGGUUCUCGGCUGCACUUUCCUCACGCUGUCAGAUCGUGAGGAAAGUACUGCCGAGAACCGGCAGUUGU